AUGGUCCUGGCCAUGGCCUCAAUGACACUUAUGGCAGCGGUCACAACGGCCAUAACGCCGCAGUCGACAAACGUCGACAUUCUCUUCCCGGCCCUGCACGAGCUGGACUUAAACAACGUGGAAGGAAGUGUCAUAAGCGCCGAUGCCACAGUCACCACGAUUAAGAUUGACUGCCGAUCUAGUGCGACCAGCAUAUGUUCCUCUUCCGGUUAUCUCUUGCCCAUAACUCUCACUGCUGGCCCAUCAUUCCAGGACUAUCAUUACGAUAUCACCAGCUUUUGGAACAACACUAUCUUUAUCGUCACUGGGAAUUUGGACUGCAACAUGACCGGGUCUACACUCGGUGCCUCUUGCUACUUCUCAACCAGCACAUGGAUCACCAGUGGCACGAAAAACUUCACCUCAGUGUUUACCACGGCCGCCUCCAUAUCCUCGAUGAACUUGAAGUACAACACCUUGGCGGUGCCCUCGGGCUUGGAGAACCUUCCCGUCGAAACUGCUGCCACGAAUGCGUCUCCUGGCCAUACAGCGACGUCAACAUCCACGCCAACUACAACUGCCGAAACAACCUCGGAACAUCACUCGUCCUCGAAGGCCUGGAUCGCGGGCCCGGUGAUUGGCGGCGUGGUUGGCUUGGCUUUUGUUGCGGCAGCGGCAUUUUGGCUCGUCAGUCGCAGGCGUAAGAGCAAUGCAGAUCCCGCGUACCGGAACCCAACAGAAGGGACAUUAGAUGACUCAGGGCAUCACGCAUCUCUACCAGUGCAGAAUGCUCAAUUUGGAGAACUUUCAGCGAAGAAGCAAGUUGGAGAACUCCCAGCGAAGAGUGCACGAGCAGAGUUAUCAGCUCCACACAAUACCCAUGAGAUGGAGUGA